AAAAAAAGCCAUUCCUCUUUCUUUCUUAUAGAAACCCUAAGCUAGGCGGCGGCGGCGGCGAGCCCUUUUCUUAGCCAGAUCUCAACACGGGAAGGCGAGCGGCGGCGAGCCCUUUCAGCCAGAUCCCAACAAGGAAAGGCGCGCGGCGGCGGGGGAGAAGGCGAGGCGAGGACGGCAAGUGAGAUGGAGGCGGAAGGGGAUUCCGGCAAGUCCCAACUUGUCGCUGGCCCUGGGAACCCCGAUUCUCGUGGCACCAAGAAUCCCAGAAGGGAUGAAGCUCUGCUCAGAGAACUCAGGAAGGAGGAGAAGCAACUCAAGGACGAGGAGAGACAACUGAUGAAGGAGAAGGAGGAGCAGAGUCGAGAUUUGUUGGAUAGGAUGGAGCGCAACGCGCAGAGUCGAGAUUUGUUGGAUAGGAUGGAGCGCAACGCGCAGCGGCAACUGCUUGUUACGAAUGAAAUCAGGCGCUUGAGCCAGCAGCAGAUGAGGGCUGUCAAAGCCCGCAGCCUGACUGAAGAAACUGCAGCAGCCUUGGAUGAGCAUGGUGAUCCUGCUAAUGGCGGGGAGCUCAAGCCGGAAACUGCAGCAGCCUUGAACGGGCAUGAGGCUGAUGCUGGUGCUGCUGCUGCUAAUGGUGGGGAGCAGAUGGUGGAAACUGCCGCCUUGGAUGAGCAUUAUGUCGACGGCGGUGGUGAUGAGGAGCACAUGGACUGCGACAUGGAGGACCAGGUGCCCAGGAUCGACUCCAAAUCAGAGUCAGAGGCAGAGGCGGCGACAGGUCCACAUACCAAUGAGUCAACGAUUGAAUCAAAUAUCUCUGUAUCAGACAAGAUAAUACCCAAGCCUACAGCACAUCAUCUUCCCAUCAACAGAGGCGAUGAUGUUGUUGACAAGAUGGACUGCGACAUUUCAUCCAUGGAGGACCUGGUGCCGAGGAUCGACUCCAAAUCAGAGCCAGAGGCAGAGGCAGCGCCAGGUCCAGAUCAUACCAAUGAGUCGACGGUUGAAUCAAAUAUCUCUGUAUCAGGCAAGUCAAUACCCAAACCUGCACAUCAUGUUCCCAUCAAGAGAGGCGAUGAUGUUGUUGACAAGAUGGACAGAGGCAAAUCUGCCCAACAAUUACUCAUCGACUCUGACAUGAUAGCUGCCGAACAGAAGGAAUUUGCUCAGUACGCUGAUGCCUGGGAUGAUAAAUGGGGUCCGGCAGGGUUCGGUCUCUUCCAUUACAUGACGACGGUCAGUUCCAUGCAAUAUACACACUUGAUACCCGGGAGUGCCCCAAGGCAAUAUUGUCGAGCCGCGCCUAGCCUCCAGGUCGUCUCCAUCAGACUGGCAGAAAUUCAAGGUGGUCUGGAAUGGCCGUUGCCAGUGUACGGUAUGAUUGCUGUCAGAGACCACGUGGAUCACAAUCGCAACCUUCUGUUUGUCUGCUAUAGGACCAGCUGUCAGAUACUCAAGGAAAAGGAGCCCUUUUUGGCCUUGACUGGCCCCUCCCGUGCAAUUGUGUGCGAGGAAUCGGUUGACUUUGAAAUCCAACUGAAAGUAAGAGGUACAACAGAGUCUGAAGAUAGAGCAUUGAUCACUGGUGUGUGCACUUACAACAGAGGGGAUGAUACUGUUUGCUUUACCAACUGCUUCUGCACCGUAGAGUUUAGAUUGGAGGUACUUCAGGAAGCAGUCCAGGCCACUGUUUUGGGCGUCCGUGUCAAAGAUGGGUCAUGGCCUUCAGGAUGGGGAGGUCGAGUCGCUUGCUCAGUCAUUGAUGGUGAAAUUGACGACACACCCGGGCAACUUGAGCUGCUUGUUUCUCGUGGCAGUGCCAUGCCCGUGACUUCUAAGGGUUACCUUCUUCUGUCAAGGAAUGUCAUUUCUGUAGAUGUUAACAAGAGCCUGAAUUUUCUCCUAGAGGCCUGCUUACCAUCUGGUGAUAUCAUUGCACAAAAAGAAUUGUCCUUCGAACCCAAACUUUGCAACAUAAGUCAGGAUAGUUGUGAACUUAAUGGUAUUGAGUUGGAGAUCACUGUUGCUUGGUCUAGUCUUGUUUGUGAGAAGCGGGAUAUUUCGGUACAGGGAUGUGUUGGUAACGAGGAGCAGGACUGGGACGUUGCAUCAAUGGAGCAGCAGGUGCCGAAGAUAGACUCGAAAUUGACAUCGGAGGUGGGGCCAGAGGCGGAAACAGAGUUGGCGGUGAGUCUGGAUACCAGUGAAUUGGCGAAUGAAUCGAGUACCUCCAUGUUCGUAUCAGACAAGUCAAUACUCGAACCUGCAGAUUCUGUUGCCGCCAACACAGGUUACGAUGUUGAGAAGAUGUAUAGAGGCAAAUCAGACGAACAAUUAAAAAUUGAGGCCAAGGAGAUGGCUGCCGAACAGAAGAGUUUUGACAUGUAUGUUGAUGCCUGGGAAGGGACAUGGGGGGGUUCUGAUGGGUUCGGUUGCUUCCGAGACAUGACGGCAGUGAGUUCCAUGCAAUACACACACUUGAUACCAGGGAGCACCCCGUUGCACUAUGGUCGAGUCGGGCCUAGCCUGCAGAUCUUCUCCGUUAAACUCGCAGAAAUACGAGGUGGUCUGGAAUGGCCGUUGCCAGUGUACGGCACGGUCGCUGCCCGAGACCAUGUGGAUCACAAUCGUAACCUUCUGUUUGCCCGCAACAGGAGUGAGUGCCAGAUACUCAAUGAAGAGGAUUCCUUUUUGACCUUGACUGGCCCCUCUCGUGCAAUUGUCAGCGAGGAAUCUGUUAUCCUGGAAAUCCAACUAAAAGUAAGAGGUAGAACCAAGUCUCAAGAUAUGCCACUGAUGAAUGGCGUGUGCAGUUACUACAGCAGAAGAGAAGGCCCCAUUUGCUUUAGGAACUGCUUUUGCACCGUAGAGUUAAGUUUGGAGGGACUUCAGAGAACAGUCCAGGCGACUAUUUUGGGUGUCCGUGUCAAAGAGGAGGGGUCAUGGCCUAAAGCAUUUGGAGGUCGAGUUGCUUGCUCAGUCACUGGACCUGACGCCAGUCCUCAGGAAAUUGAGCUGCUUGAUUCUCGUUAUACAGCCAUGCCGAUGACUUCUCAGGGUUACCUUGUUCUAUCAAGGAAUGUUGUCUCUGUAGACUAUCGUGGAAGCCUGAAUUUUGUCUUGGAAGCCUACUCAGAUUCCGGUAAUAAAGUUGCACAAAAAAAUGAGUCCUUCAAGCCCAAGUUUUCCAACAUAAGCAAGCAAACAUGUAAACUCACUGGAGGCAUUGAGUUGGAGAUCACUGUUGCAUGGUCGAGUCUGGUUUCUGAGAAGUGGGACAUCUCGGUACAAGGAUGUGUAUUAUUAUAAGAUAUAUGGCGAGGAGGCUGUUGCUUUGCUCGGUCCUUUUGAUUUGUUGUAUUUUGUGAAUUCUGUACCAGAUAUUCGUGUCAGUUUGUGUCUGUUUCUGUUAGUCUGGUAAUAUGUGUUUCAAUGGCACGCAAAAAAUAUUUGAAAUUGCUC